CUGCGUGUGGAUGUUGACGGUGGUCACGCUGAGGUGUCAGCCAACCAGUCAUGAGAACGCAGAGGUGGAGGGAAACUCCGAAGAUUCUGUUAUCGACGACACGACCGAGGAUUAUUGGGCAGGCAGUGGAUCGGGACCCGAGGAUGAGUCCUCCUCCUCUCACAACGAAACCAGAGAAGCGUUAACUCACGAAGCCAGCGACCACGAUACUGUCGUGUACAUUGGCGAUGGCGCUAAUUACGUGCCAGUUCCUUCAUUGAAUAAUCGACCGUUGAAUCCGAAUCUUCAAGCGCUUCAAACUCUUCAAGGCUUGCAAGGCCUUUCUGGAAACGGAGGUACAGGAGUAGUCGGCGAUGAAGACUGGAGGAGACAUCCAGAAACCUGGGAUCGCGAACACCGAAGAUACAGGCCCAAUACGACGAGAGUGCAACAUAUCGAGGCGGAAUGUCAAGACGAUUACAUGAAAAUCAGAAUCGGAUUCAAUGGAUCUUUCACCGGCCUUUUGUAUUCUGCAGGCUACUCGUACGAUCCCGAUUGCAUGUACGUUAAUGGGACGGGCCGAGACUAUUACGAGUUCUACAUUCAGUUGAAUCGGUGCGGCACCCUCGGCGAGAACACUCAUCAUCAGGACAGCAGGAAGAAUCCGACGAAAAAUCUUAUGUGGAACACGGUCACAGUGCAGUACAAUCCAUUAAUAGAGGAGGAGUUCGACGAACAUUUCAAGGUGACUUGCGAGUACGGCUAUGACUUUUGGAAGACGGUGACAUUUCCUUUUCUCGAUGUCGAGGUCGCCACGGGAAAUCCCGUAGUCUUCACCCUGCAGCCUCCGGAGUGCUACAUGGAAAUCAGAUACGGUUACGGGACCACUGGAACUAGAGUGGCUGGACCAGUUCGUGUCGGAGAUCCUCUGACUCUCAUUAUCUACAUGCGCAGCAAAUACGAUGGUUUUGAUAUCGUCGUAAAUGAUUGCUACGCUCAUAAUGGCGGAAACAAAAGGAUUCAACUGAUCGAUCAAUACGGAUGUCCGGUUGAUGACAAACUGAUCAGCCGGUUUCGCGGUUCCUGGUCGGAGAGUGGCCUGUUUGAGACGCAAGUUUUUGCUUAUAUGAAGACCUUCAGGUUCACGGGAUCGCCGGCUCUGUAUAUCGAAUGCGAUGUUCGCAUGUGCCACGGAAGAUGUCCGAGCCAACCUUGCCAUUGGAGAAACGCGAAGAAUGUGGUGAAGCGGUCAGUGUCGGAAAUCGAUGGAUCAUCGACGCCGGCAACUAGUUUGUCGGAGAAUGUGAACCUCUUCCAGUCUCUUCGUGUUCUUCAGGAAGGCGAAGCGGACACGGAACUGUUCCAGAAUUCCACUAGCUUCUCUCGCAGCGGAUUUAGUGAGCCUACGACUGACAGAGUAUGUUUGAGAUCUACAGUGGCCAGUACAAUAGUGGGACUCGGCUGUGGUUUCUUCUGUAUCAUGGCCGGUAUGAUACUAGCCAUGUGUUCGCGAAUGCGGCGACAAGCGCGAGAAAAAUUAUUAUCGGACAGUAUAAGCUAUAUGACGCACCAAGGUCGAAUCAACUAGGGUAAUAUUUUUAGCAUGCGGAGAUCUAUUUCUUCUCGCUUCAUCUCAAUCAGUUGCGAUAUCCUCGCAUCUUUCGCAGCAAGUGGAGCUGACUAAGGAACUGCUCCGCCGGUAAUAUAAGAAUGCGUCGUUAAAAUAGGAAAUGGUCGAUAUAAAUGACUGAACUUCGAGCUACUGAUAAAUCGACAUUGAUGAAAAUGCGAUUAAAACGCGGUGAUAAAUUUAUUAUUUUUAUAAAUCGGAAGAAUAUCAGAUUUGUAAACAAUUUAAGAAGAGUCUUUUUACAUACUCUACUCUUCUUUCAAUUAACUUCUUAAGGUAAGCAUGGGAUUAAUACAAUGCGAAGUGCCUUAUGUAUUUUGAUAGUCGUCGAUAAUUCAGGCUCCCAUGGAUAUAAUAGGUCUCAUCGAUUCAUUGUGUGCGAAUGCUUUUUUAUAUAAAUAAUAUUCGCUGCUAUACUCUCGCUUCUUUUAAUUAUUGAAGUGUUAAUCGAUACUCAUUCGUCAAUUGAUGUAUAU